AUGUCAUCGGUAUGGACUGCUCUGACGGGCGGCAAUAAGCCCCAGCAGCCCCAAUCCCACGACACAUCAUAUAGCGCUCCUCAACAGACCACCUCGACAACCACCCGCGCGUACGAUCCCUCCGAAGGACAGGGCGUCGAGUCUUUCCUCAACAACUCCGCCUUCUCCGACCCCUCACAACUCCACCCGCUCGCUGGUCUGAACCAGGACUCCCUCGAGUACCUCACUCUCGAAGACGGCGUCCUCUCCGACCUCUCAGGCUCCCAGUCCGUCCUGCCAUCGCGCGGCUUCACCGACGAUCUCUGCUACGGCACUGGUGUCACAUAUCUCUCCGGACUGACGCUUGGUGGCGCGUGGGGUCUGCAGGAAGGCCUCCGCCGCUCCGCCGGGCAGGCACCCAAGUUGCGCCUCAACUCCGUCCUCAACGCCGUGACGCGCCGUGGUCCUUACCUGGGCAACUCGGCGGGCGCCGUGGCCAUCACAUACAACUGCAUCAACUCGCUGAUCGGGUACUUUCGGGGCAAGCACGAUGCGGCCAACUCGGUCGCCGCGGGUGCGCUGAGUGGUAUGGUGUUCAAGAGCACACGGGGCUUGCGGCCGAUGAUGAUCUCGGCCGGUCUCGUCGGAUCCGUGGCUGGCGCCUGGGCGGUCUUCCGCCGGUCAUUCUUCCCUGUGCCGGAGCAGGCUGCUGGCGUCAGCACCUCCGACUCGCUGUAA